CUCGUGAGCGCCGCUCGGCAUCUUCUCGCACGUGCACCACCGGUGUCUCCGGUGCACGGACAUGGUGGCUGUGCGCGCGAGGUUGUUGGGAAUCUGGUAUUUGAAGCUUAAGGUUUGAGGAAUGAACCGGCGGUAUGGAGGCGCGCGGAGAGAGCAGCCAGGGGAGCGAGGACGAUGCGCCACCGGAGGACCGAAUCAGUGUGAAGGAUGUGUCUGUGGAGCUGGCCACGGUAGACGCCAUACUCGAUAAACUAUGUAAAAAAUACAGCAGACGCAGAAGGAGAGCAGAGAAGGUGAAAAAAGCGAAGAAGAAGCCGCUAGUGAGCCUGCAGAACCUGGUCCUGAUUAUUACAGUGGUGGUGUUUGUCAUGGUGGUGAUCAUGUGGUCACUUCUCUGGGUUUUUACCUUUCGGAGAGAAAGCAACAGUGGCGUAUACUUCGCUGGUAUGUUUCGUGUUGCCAACGUGGAGUUCAUACCGGAGUACCGGCAUGCCGACUCUAGUGAAUUUGUAUCCAUGGCAAAUGAAAUACAGCAAGUGGUCAGCAAAGUCUACAGAUCCUCUUCCGUAUCAAAGCUUUACAAACACACUGUCAUAUCUGACAUGAGUAACAACGAUAAAGGUGGUGUGCUGGUGCAUUUCUGGAUGAUCUUCGUGGUGCCCAGGCUGAAGACACCAGCAGUGUGUGAGGAGUGCGUUAGUGCGAUCUUUAAAGACUCGGUGCUCACAUCCCUUAAGAACAGAUCCUCCGUGGGCUUCCUGUUGGGGCUUCCAGUAGACAUCGACUCCAUCUUCAUCAACAUUGCUCUUCGCUCCGAUUACACAUCAAUCGCUGCAGGCUCAGAGUGUGUGGACAAGCUGUACGCAGGAAUCCCCGAUGCAAAAGUCCCACUAAACGUUUUCUCCUCAUGGGGAGGUUUGAGCUGCCACGUCAAGCUCACGUCUGCCCCAGGGUCCAUCAUUCGCCUCACUGUGAACAGGCUGGAUAUCGAUGCCAGUGACUGCAUAUAUGAUGCUCUAACGGUAUAUGAUGCACUGCUGCCUAUGAGAGCCAAGACCUUACACAGCUUGUGUGAAGCUGUGCGAGUUCCAGUCUCUCUUGUCUCCACCUCAAACGUCAUGCUGCUAUCCUUCAGACUCACACAAGGCAACAAGAGCUUCCGAGGAUUCUUCCAGGCUGUUCCUGAGGAGGAAUGUCUGAGUGUAGCUGAAAUUCCAGUGUCCCCCAGUGAAGCGGGAGAAAUGACCAGCCCGUUUUACCCCAGUCUUCUGCCCCCGCUAUGCUCCUGCACCUGGAGGUUUCAGACCAGUAGCCCUUUUCUUGGCGUGGCUCUGAAGUUUCAGAACUACAUCCUCUCCCCAAAAGACCUGACGCCGUGUGAACAUGGCUGGUGGAAGGUCAAUGAGAUCAUAUACUGCGGCCGCUACGUGAGUCACACAACUGUCUUCCGCAUUCCCGAGAGAAAUGUAGAGGUGGUGUUUCGAUGCAGCUCUCGCAGUGCUGAGAUGUCUUUCAGCGCCACCUACAGCAGCUUCAAUAUCAGCCAACCAUGUCCUGAGGGUCACUUCCUGUGCACCACAGGGUUGUGUGUGGAAAAGGAACGGCGGUGUGAUGGCCUGGAUGACUGUCAGGAUGAGAGCGAUGAAGUUUUUUGUUCAAAACCCUUUAAAAACUGCGGCAGUCUGGCUCCUCUUCAUCCGCUUUAUGUUUGCGAUGGAGAGAAGGAUUGCCCUAAUGGGCUCGAUGAAACCAACUGUACCCAAGAGACUGGCUGCUCGAGGAUGUGGUAUCAGUGCAACAAUGGAGCGUGUAUCCUAAAGAAAAAUGCGAAGUGUGACGGAUUUCAUGACUGUCUCGAUCACAGCGACGAGAAGGACUGCGCCUGCGGUCAGCCUGUGAAGCGUGUGAUAGACAGCACAGCUCGUCAGGAGCGAGUGGUGGGUGGAGUCAAUGCUAUAGAAGGGGAGUGGCCAUGGCAGGUUAGUUUGCAUUUCUCUGGCCAUCUGUACUGUGGCGCCUCCGUCAUCACCAACGAAUGGCUCAUCUCCGCUGCACACUGUUUCAGCAAAGAAAGACUGUCAGACCCUCGGCAGUGGAUAGCGUACAUGGGCAUGUUGACUCAGGGCAGUGCUAAACACAUAGCAGAGAUCCGCCGCAUCGUGGUGCAUGAGUUCUACAACGCUCGAAACUUUGAUUAUGACAUCGCCCUGCUGCAGCUCAGAAAGGCGUGGCCCAGCAGUCUGGCCCCCUUUAUUCAGCCUGUGUGCUUGCCUGCUCCAUCACAGACCCUCACUGAGGGACACCGCUGCUGGGUGACCGGCUGGGGCUACCGCUCCGAACAGGAUAAGGUUCUACCUACUGUGCUUCAGAAGGCUGAGGUGAACGUCCUAAGUCAGAGUGAGUGUAAAAGGGCAUACGGUCCUGUCUCACCUCGCAUGCUGUGCGCAGGUGUACCUGGUGGAGAGCGAGAUGCCUGCAGGGGGGACUCCGGAGGUCCUCUGUCAUGCCAGGCUUCGGAAGGUGGACGCUGGUUUCUGAUAGGAAUCGUAAGCUGGGGGUCAGGCUGCGGCAGACCUAACUUUCCCGGAGUGUACACUAGGGUGGUCAAGUUCAUCUACUGGAUCAACAGCCACAUUUACAACUCAUGAAGAACUUACAAAACACACAGCCAAGCAUCAUGACCUCUACUCAAUGGACCUCAGUAUCUGUGAACAAACCACAGCAUUAUCACAGCCAUCAUUAACUUAUUUGAGCAGAUUGUGUGCAGAUGUGUGAUUGUCUAGUGUGAUUCAAAAGACUUCAAUGCAUGGUCUAUUUACAUGGGCAUAGAAAAUAUGUGUAUUACAAAAAUAAAUAACAUUUGAGAAUUUGA